AUGAUCGCAGUGGAGUGUGUCACGGUCGGAUCGACCACACUGUUCAAGGCUGCGACAUUGAGAGGACUGAGCUUCUAUGUUUUUGUCUUCUACACUUAUGCUGUCGCUACACUUGUCCUCUUUCCACUUUCUCUCAUCUUGGGAAGGUCAAGAAGUUUACCAUCAGCUGUAUCUCCUGUCUUCUUCAAGAUUUUCUUACUUGCACUUGUUGGGUAUGAACAUUCAACAACAUUGGUUCGAUGCCGCCUGAGAUUGAGGUUGAAGGUGAAGAAGACAAUGGAAGGAGAGAGAGUGGGAGUGAAGAGAGUAAUAAUGGUGAUGGUGGGGAAACACUUUUUGAUUUGUUUAGGAGGACUUGAUCUUGUUUCUUCUUCUUCUUCUUCUACUUCUUGCUGA